AUGCGGGACGAGCGUCAGCAUUUAGUCGAGACGACCAACAUAACCGAGGCGUUACAGCGGAUGACCGGACAGCCCACGAUGCAGUUCCGUGGGGUGCAGGGGGCCGCCAUCCAGUCGAUUCAAGCCGGCCAUUCCCGGGUGGUCGUGGUGAUGCCCACCGGCGGUGGGAAAAGCAUGUUGUUUAUGUUACCCGCGUGGCGAUGCCAGGCGGCCGGCAUUCCAUGUGUCGAGUGGGAUAGCAAUCGACAUCCCGAUCAUGCGGCCAUUGUGUUCGUCACGCCCGAGUCCGUAUUCACGGAUGGGUUCCAGUCGUUUUUGAACCGCCAGCGCGAGUUGAUGCGGUUAGAUCGGAUUGUCAUUGACGAAUGCCAUAUGAUAUUGAACGAGUCCGAGAAGUUUCGCCCACGGUUACAGCAAUUAGGUCGGUUGCAUCAGUGUGGCGUGCAGAUGGUGUUUUUAACCGCGACAUUACCCCCAUGCGAGGAGAGCCGGUUAUUUCAGCGAAUGCAAGUGACGCGGGAGGACAUCAGUAUGCACCGCGAGCGUACCAGUCGUCAUAACGUGGCAUACCGGGUGUACCGGCCCGUGAUUGCAUCGAGAUAUCGUUCCCAGACGCAAUGGUUAGAGGAUCCGGGUGUCCGUUAUUUCAUCCACGAACGGGUGCAGCGUGCCAGACCCGGUCGAGUGAUUGUGUAUGGUAGCACCAAGCCCAUCGUGACCUAG